AUGGUGGACAAGCGGCGCGAGCUGAAUUCACGACUCUUACAAAUUGAGAGCGUACCGGCACUACGUCCAAGUGCCGCUUCUACAGCUGUAGCUGCUUUACUUCCUGACAUGAAUUUGUUUCCUGCUGCCACAGCUGAGCAGAUCUGUUCACCACCAGUGGUGAAGGCAAAAGGUUAUCAUGUCCUGUUUUACAUGGGGAGUGCUGGAAGACCUGCCGCCACUUUUUUAAUCAAAAAACGCCAAAUUCUUCAAGAAAGGGUAAAUUUCUGGAUUUAA